AUGUGUCCAAACGUGCUGAGGCCUACAUGGCUUCGCCGAACAGAUUCGAAUAAUAUUUUGCUGGCAGAUGCAGAUCAGGACAACACCGCAUUAUCAACACCACUACUGGAAUUGGACUUUGUUACUUACCAAAAACAAAUUGUUGAAUUUGUAACAAGUAAAAAUAUUGGAAACAAGAGUAAAAGAGCUCGGAUUAAGAAGAAAUUGUGUUCUUUAUUUUCACAAGAAAUUCACAAUUCGGAUAUCAACUCAAGCUUGGACAAACUGAUAGAAAUUAUGGCUGAACAUUCUCAGGUUUCUCCUUACAUUAAACAAUUUGCCAAUUUUCUAGAUGGAGAAAUAUUCGAUUUUGAUAGGAAUAGUGUGGAAUUUGAAAGUAUCGAAUGUAAAACAGAUAUUUGGUCGGAAAAGUACGAUUCAUGCAUUGAAAUCACAGCGAACACUAAAUAUCUCCUCUGUAUGAAUUGUAAAUUAUAUGACAUUCAAUUACACGAUGUGAAUUUUGAGUUUUCUAGCAUUGUAUUUAAAAUUGAUUAUUGCAAACAGUCAGAUAUUGUUGAUUUUCAAGUGGAGAUGAAAGGGAAAAUUUAUUACGGAGCUGAUAAUGAAUGUGGAGUGAGUGCAAAAGCAAUUUGGACUUGCAAGAAAUUUGUAAUCUUUGUAAAUCAGACAAGAGUUUACAACCUUUCGAGUGAUAAUCCCUUGAAAGACUUUAAUGAUUUCAUGUCGAAUUAUUAUGGAAAAUUUAGAAAUUCAAGCUUGGAUUUAUCCAAAAUUGAAAAGUAUUUUGGAAGAAAGGAAAAACAAGAUUACUCUCUAAAAUUUAAUAAUUAUCUACAAAUGGAGGAUAAUUGUCUGUAUCAUGGGACUGCUCAAUUGGAUUUCAGACCUGGUGGAUUUUCCAUCCAACUAAAUCACUCUACCAUUCAGUUGCAACAUAUUCAAUACAAUUAUUUUACUGUAAAGAAGAAGAAACCAUUCGUAACAGUAGAAAUUGAUAAUAUUUCUUACAUUGAUGCUUGUCAGAUAAUAUAUAGUGAUGAAAAGAAUAGUGCAACAAGCCUUUCUCUAUCAGAAUUCAUAUCUGGAUACAAUUGCUUGGCCAAUAACUUGAGAGGAUAUCUAAUCUAUACCAAGGGAAGCUCUGCCAAAUUAAGCUAUAAGGGUGUGGGAAAGUGCUUUGGUUGGUGUCCACCUGGAUUAUUUACUUUCAAGAGAAACAAAGAAGGAGCAUACAAGUCAAUAUUCAAGCCAUCAAAGAAUGAAAGUGGAGAAAGAAAAUUCCCAUUAAUGUUUGGAUUUGGAGAUUUUAAGUUUCACAGAAAUCAAAUCUGUUCCACAGAGACCACCCACCAAUUGAAACACUUGCUACUGAACUAUUUUAUCACAAAUGAGAGAAAGAUUCCAAUCCUUAAUUUUGAUAACAUGACCAACAAUGGAAUGUCUGAAUAUGUUGUAACACCUUCUCAUAAUAAGGAAAAUCAAAAUGGAUUAUUUUAUGGCAAGAUCACCUUUAACAGUAACAGUAGAAAAUUGAUUUGUGAUUUUAUGAUUAAUGGAAGUUUGAACAUUGCCACAAUUGACUUUUUGGAUUUUGGAAAGAUAUGGAUGAGACCAAAAUGUGGAUCAUUUGAUUUCUUUAACAGAUUAUACUUUAUGAGUGCUAAUGAGAACUGCUUAUCAGAUAUUGAAAUAAUUGUACAGUAA